GGUGUCCAAUCAAAUUUAGACGGUGGGAGUAGUAAGAUAUUACGUCAAAUAAAUCAAAUGAACUGCCACGUAGGGUUCCGACUCUCUGUUUUUCCUCUUUCGAAGAAACACAUAGUAAAACAAAUCUCAAAAUCCUCUUCAACAAUUUCUAGCUUUUCAUCUCACAAUUCAACCAAUUCAAUUCACUAAACAAAACAAGCCGUUGCCAUGUCUCAAAGAAGAUUUCGUUUUGGUUACGUACUUGCAUCAAAAAAAGUAUCCAGUUUCAUUCAAGAUUCACUCAUCAACCACGCACAAAAAAAUGGUAUUGAUUUAAUCCCUAUUGAUCUUAGUAAGCCAUUAAUCGAGCAAGGUCCAUUUGAUUGUAUUUUCCAUAAACUAUACGGUCCUGAAUGGAGAAAACAGUUGGAACAAUUCGCUCGUCAGAAUCCAACUACUGUUAUAGUAGAUCCAAUUGAUUCUAUCGAAAAGCUUCACAAUAGAAUCUCAAUGCUUGAGGUCGUAAACGAAUUGAAGAUCACUGCCCAAACUGAGACGAUAGGAAUCCCUAUUCAGAUUUUCAUUCAAGAAAAAUCGGAAUCGGAGUCCCUUUUACAAGCUAUUAAUCGUCAAAGGUUGCAUUUUCCGGUUUUAGCUAAGCCGUUUAUUGCGAAUGGUACUGCUGAUUCGCACCAAAUGUCGUUAGUUUUGAAACCGGAAGGGUUAGCAGGGCUGAAAGCACCCAUAGUUUUGCAGGAAUUUGUGAACCAUGGUGGAGUUAUUUUCAAGGUUUAUGUAGCUGGAAAGCAUGUGAAAUGUGUGAAAAGACGGUCAUUGCCUGAUAUUCCAGAAGAGAAGUUAGGGACAUUGAAGGAGAAUUUGAUUUCGUUUUCACAGAUAUCUAAUUUAACUGCUCAAGAUCGGAAUGAUGAUAGCAUGGCUGAACUGAUUGAGAAAGCCGUGAUGCCUCCAAUGGGGUUUGUUACAGAUGUGGCUAAUCAGUUAAGGAAUGCGUUGAAGUUGCAUCUGUUUAACUUCGAUAUGAUAAGGGAUAAUAAAGUUGGAAAUCGGUAUUUGGUCAUUGAUAUCAAUUAUUUCCCUGGCUAUGCUAAAAUGCCGAAUUAUGAGAGUAUGAUGACUGCAUUUUUUCUUGAUAUUGCACGCGAGAAGCAGAACAACGAGGCUAAUAGUUAGGCUUCUGAUAAUGAUCAUAGGCCAGUGUAGUGGUUCUACAGUUAUCUUUUUUACUGUUUUGUUUCAGUGACAGGUAACAAACUUUCCAGAAAAUGGAAACAGCUCAGCUGCAGAUGAGCUCAAGUGUUUGAAAUAAACGUGCUUCUUGAGGUAGAUGUGAAUCUAAAGAGGCUAACUGCUCUAGUUUCGUAAAAUUGUUAAACUUUUUGGGGCAAUUGAAGCUUCUCUUUCGUUCUCGCUUUUUAGUUAUUUAGCAACUGAGAUGUGGAAUAAUUUGGAACAUAAUGAUGAUACUUCAAUGUUUCUACAGGUUCAGUUAAAUGAAGUUUUUAGGUUUGAGA